AUGGGCGUGCCAAUCGCGCUGCUCGUCGCGUCGCUCAACCCGCACCUCUGGUCGCUCGCCCUCUCCGCGGCCGCGUCGCGCCACGGCGGAGCGACGCUGCUGCCACUCCUGCUGUUCGCGCACGCCGUCGCGCUGCUCCUCAAUUACUCCGCUGCGCGCAUCGUCGACGUUACCGGCGCCACCGUUCCUCAGGUGUGGCUUCACGAGUUUCCGCGCGCCCUCCGCCGCCUGCUGCCGCUCCUCUGCGCCGCCUCCAUCGUCGCGCUCGACGUCGCCGCGCUCUGGGCCUCCGCCACGGCGCUGCAGCUGCUGGCGGGGCUCGCGCUCAAGCCCGCGCUGCUGCUCUCCGCCCUCUCUGGCCUCGCCGCCAUCGCCGCCCCUCCCGGCAAGGUGCGCCCUUCCGCUGACUGCCAUCCGCUACGAAAUCAUUCCCCCUUUCUCGCCCCCGCCGCGUUCAUCCCGGCCCGCCUUCCCCUCCCCCUCGUCGCGCCCGCCGCGCUUCUCCCCUCCGCGGAGAGCGCGUGGAUGGGCGCGGCGCUGCUGGGCGCGUGUCUGCUGCCGCACACCUUCCUGCUCCUCGCCUGGCAGGAAAACGCCGACGCGGAAAAGCGCAAGCCAGAGAAGCAGGGGGCGGGCGCAGGGUGCACGGGGGGGCGGCGGUGGCGGCGGUGGGGGGAGCUGCUGCUGCCGCAGUCGCUGGCUCUGGCGGCGACGGCGCUGCUGGUGCUGGGCGCUGCUGCUGCUGCUGGGGCGAUGAGGAGAGGGGAGGGUGAGGAGGAUGAGGCACGGGGAAACACACUGCCCGUGCUGUCGCUGCAGGACGGCCACUGCCUUCUCGUGCAGCUGCUCACAGCCAAGGCAGCCCCAGGGCUAUUCGCGCUCGUGCUGCUGGCAGCAGCUCACCUCCUCGCGCCCUCCACCACCCUCGCCGCGCAGCUCGCGCUCUCCGCCUUCGCCUUCCCCCCUCCCCUCACCUCCUCCGCUCCCCCUUCCUCCCCCCCUCCCCGCCACCCCUCCCCGUACCUCGCCUUCGCAGCCACCCGCCUCGCCUCCCUCCUCCUCACUCUCCUCCCCGCGCUUCUCCUAGGGGAUUCCUCCGCCCUCCACUUGAUCCAAUCCGCGCCUCUCGCCCUCGCGCCCCUGCUCCCCCUGGCCGCCGCGCCCCUCAUCCGCCUGGCGGCUUCCCCCCACGUCAUGGGCCCCUGCCGCCUCCCCCCCGCCCUGCGCCUGCUCGCCUGCCUCGACUGCUGCGCCCUCUCCGCGCUCUCCCUCGCGCCCCUGGCCUCCGCGCUGCCCGCGCUGCUGCAGGGCUAUGCGGGGGAGAUGGAGGGCAUGGGGCUGUGGGAGUGGCUGGCGGGGGGGGCGUGGGCGGGGGAGGCGGGGGAGGAGGACGGAGGGGGGCUGGCAGUGGCGCUGGCGCCAGGCGCGGUGUGGCAUGGGGUGGCGCAGGUGGGGGCGGCCGUGGGGGGGAGUGUGGGGGUGGCGGCGGCGGUGGGAGCGCUGGUGUGGGUGAUGAGGGUGCCACUACGUUCGGAGGGAGCGGGGGAGGGGGAAGAGGAGGGGGAGGCGGAGGGGGAUAGUGUUAUGGAUGAAGGCAUGGGGAAAGAGACUCUUAUGGGCGGGGGGAUGGAUGGGGACGCGCGGGAGGGGAUGGCGGACUGGAUGUAUGGCGGGGAGGGGAUGGCGGGGGAGGAGAUGGGUGGGGAUGAUGUGAUGUGGCAGCAGCAGUGGGUGGAGGAAGAGGGGGAGGGGGGGUUGCGGUGGGGGGAGCAGGUGGUGUGCGAGGAAGGUGAGGAGGGGUGGGAGGGAACCCAGAAAUGGGGGGCAGAGUCUCUUGCAGGGGCAGAUGAGCAAGAGGGAGCAGGAGAGGGAAAGAUAGGGAGCAUGAGCAUGGGGCUUGAGAGUGGGGUCGUGAGCACAGCAGUGGCAGAGGGGAUGUGCGGGGGAGCAGGAGGAGAUACAGGACGCGCACUGCUGGGUGGGGUGGGUGGUGCAGGGCAGGUGUGGCAGGUGGAGGGGCCCAGUCGCUCCACUCCCAACCUGCGGGGCGACCUGCUGGGCGGACUCAGCCUCAGGGCGCACUCCCCCUCCCUGAUCGGGGAUGGUGGGCUGGCGGGGCAGUGCCAAGGCCUGCUCGCCCCUGGACGCCUGAGUUCCUUUCAGCAGCAGCAGCAGCAGCAGCAGCAGCAGCAGCAGCAGAUGCAGUUGCAGCAGCAGCGCGUGUAUCAGCAGGAGCGUGGAGUGGGGGCGCUUGGGUUUGCAGUGGUGGAAGACGAUGGUAUUGAUGAGAGUGACGUGGCAGAUACUGCUGCCAGCCUGGCACAGCUGAGCCAGCUGCAGCAUGAGUAUGCAGAAUUCAGCAGUUUGGGACGAGCUGAGAUUUCUGUGGGUGGUCCUGGUGGCGGGGCAGGCGGCAUCAUGGGCAGUGCAUGGGAGCAGCAGGUGGAUGAGCUGGUGGGGACGCGGUCACACCGCACUGCACCGCUCCAUGUGGGGCUCUGCGACGCUGCCUCACCUGCUGCGCUCACAAACGGGCGAGUGGGGUCGCUGCAGCGAACAGGCAGCGGGAGCAUGUGGGGGUAUGGCUCCCAGGCCAUGCGGGGCGCAGCAGCAGCAAGCAGCGGGGGCAGUGGAAAGUGGAGCACGAUGCAUGGGUGCGGCGCGGGGUGUGUGUGGGGCCCGGCGCUGGUGGUGUCGUUUGGGGUGUGGUGUGUGCACCGGGUGUUGGAGCUGUCUCAGCUCGAGAGUCGCCCGGAGCUCUGGGGCAAUUACACCUACGUACUCAACAGGCUGCAGGUCAGCCGCCUCCCCUCCUCCUUCCCCAGUGCGCAUCCCUGCAUCUUCUUCAAUCUUUUGGACCCUGCAUUUUCGCACCCGCGCCCGGUGCCGGUGCUGUGCGCCUGUUUUGGAGAGGCAGCGGGGCAGCCAGCACUAGCAGCGCAGCGCCUCUUCCAGGGGCUGCUGGGCGGCUCCCUCUGGGGCACGCAGAUUCCCCUCGCUAGCCCCAACUGGCCCUUCCCCGGCCCGCCAGGCCACCGGGGGCCAGCGUGUGCUGCUCUCUUUCUCGACCGCAUUCGCGAGGUGGAGGCGGCGGUGGGGGGGCGCAAGGGCAGGACGGGCACGGUGGCGGGGGAUGUGGCGUUUCCCAAGGGGAAGGAGAACCUCUCGUCGCCGCGCCGUGCCGCAAUGGACGGCGUCGAUCUCUCGAAAUGCCUGUGCGAGGCGGGCGCGGUGGAGUGGAUUCGCGACUGGUUUCAGGACUGCGUGUACUCGCGAUGGGACCUGCUCUCCUUCCUGCUGGGCCUCACCUCCAUCGCCUGCUGGCUCGUGGCGCAGCUGCCGCAGUUCAUUCAGAACAUCCGAGUCGGCUCCGCCGACGCGCUCUCGCCCUGGUUCCUCUUCCAAUGGCUCUCCGGCGAUCUGCUGAACCUUCUGGGCUGUCUGCUGUCGGGCAGCCAGCUCAUCACGCAGACCUUUACCGCCAUCUACUUCAUCUUCGCCGACUGCUGCAUCAUCGCACAGUACGUGUACUACCAACUGAAGAACCGCGACUCGCUCGAGCUGGACGCGGACUGCAUGUCGCGCGCGCCGUCGCAGCAGGACGGCUUCAUCACCGCCGCCGCCUUCUCCUCCCCCUCCGCCGCCCUCCGCCGCCCGCUCCUGUCCGCCAGGCCCGCCGCGCCCGCAGACCACGCGGACGCCGCCAGCAGCAACGGGGCGGUCAGCAGAGCGCUGUCUGUAGUGUCGCCGCCUAAGGCGAAGACACGGCGUGCUGUGGAGGAAAUCCGCGCUUUAGAAAACGAGCUGCCUUAUAGAGAGGGCCCCCACCUCCCCUCCGACCCCCGCCCCCUUUCCCUCCCACCUUCUCAAGACGCACACACAGCCGGAGCCGAAGCAGACGUGGCAGGAGAAACGGACGUGGCAGGAAAACCAGAGGUGGCAGGAGUAUCAGACGUGGCAGGAAAGGCAGACGUGGCAGGAAAAUCAGUGCAUCGGCGGCUCAAUGCUGCUGGGCGGAGAGAGCAAGGCGCAGGAGCGCGGGGGGACGGGCGAGGCAGGUUGUUGCGGAUAGUGGAGGAGGUAGAAGUGCGGGCAGACCUUUUUCCCGUGGCGUCAGACAGUGCAGGCGGAAGGGCGGACGGGGCAGGGGUGGUGGGGGAACGCAGCAGGAUACGAGCGACUGGUGCAGCUGCCACCGUGCCUGCUGCCACUGGGGGAGGGGCAUCUGAGGGAGGUAGCUUGUCUGGUGGAGGGGCAGCAGGGCCCAGGCCACAGAAGGCGGGGGCGCUGUCUCUGCUGCUGGGCUCGCUCAUGCUGCUGGCACUCGCAUCCUCUGCUCUCAACCCCGCAGAGCAAGGGGAUGCGCUCACAGCACAGCUCAGUGGUGGCGCUGGUCCGUGCAGAGGGGGCAGGUGCAGCAGGGCGUGGUGGGAAACAGGUGAGGGAGAGGUGGCGGCAGGGAGGAAGCUGCUGGCAGUGCAGGCGAGGGAGAUGCAGGCCGCGCAGUGGCAUCAGCUGCGGGGGGAGCGGCAUGUGUGGCAGCAGCAGGCGGGGGUGGAGGUGGGGAGAGCGAGGCCUGGCAACAGCACGCUCUGCCUGCUGCAUCCCCACCACCCCAACUGCCGGACCACUGCUGCUGUGCGCGCGAAUGGUGGCAGUGCAGUGAGUGAUGGUGGCAGUUUUGCGGGCAGGGAGGCAGGUGUGGUGCUGCAACUGCUGCCCCCCGUGCUUCCACUCGCUGGCAGACUGAGCGAGGAGCAUAAGAACGCGGGGGGGAGGGGCGGGGGGGAGGGGGAUGCGGAGAUGGCAGCGUGCCGGGCGGAGAGGAAGCGGCGGAGGAAGGAACCCAGCAAGUUCAUUCACCAGCUGGGCCUCAUGCUCGGGUGGGUGUCAGCGGGCUUCUACCUGGGCUCGCGGGUGUCGCAGAUCUGGCAGAACGCCGAGCGCGGGUCAGCAGAGGGGCUCUCCAUGGCCAUGUUUCUCUGCGCCUUCUGCGGCAACCUCACCUACGGCACUGCCAUUCUGCUGCGCGCCCCUUCUCUGGCGGCACUGAGUGGCAACCUGCCAUGGCUGCUGGGCAGCAUGGGGACUCUCUCCCUAGACAUCACCAUCUACCUGCAGGCCCAGUUUCUGAGCUGCAAGAAGGAACACUCAUCUGUCGUUCGCCCCGUCACUGUCUUAUGA